CAAACGCCGGUACGCUGGUGACGUUUUCGUGAGGGGGCGGGGUCCACGACCCGAGAUAAACAUGGAGUCUAUAUUUCAUGAGAAAGUAAGUUGGGCACCGGGUAUUGGUCUGGCAUGGUUCUGGAGGGCAGAUAUGGCGGGUGAUACCCGGCAGCCAUCACGGGGGGAGGGCAUCAGCUAUGAUGGACAGUCAGUGUGUGUGUGAGGCCCCCAGGAGCUGAGAUCACUGGACAUCCGGGGCUCUGGGGGCUGUAUCCAGGGGUUUAACCCUCUCAGGGGGGAGGUGGUGCACAGACAGCACCAUGCUCUCAUAUCCUGGGGUGCAGGGACAUAGCAAGCUCAGGGAGCACACAGCAACCCCAGCUGUGACCAGGAAUCUGCCUGGGUACCCAGACUGUAAUUACUACUGACUGGCAACUGGGGAGGGGGCACUGCUUCCUUCUAACAUCUCUUAAAGUGGGAGAACAGGGGGCAACAUGUGCAGAAUGGAUGGGUAACAAUAUUAUAAAGUGCCCCAGAAUCAGCUGGCGCUAUAUAAAUACCAAUAAUAAUAAAACAGGUAGGCACCCUCUGGAUUAUUCCCUGUAAAACAUAAUAUGGUAAAACACUGCGGAAUAAUUUGGAGCAAUAUAAAUUCCAAUGAUAAAACAGGUAGACACCCUCUGGAUUAUUCCCUGCAGGACAUAAUAUGGUAAAACACUGCGGAAUAACUUGGAGCAAUAUAAAUUCCAAUGAUAAAACAGGUAGACACCCUCUGGAUUAUUCCCUGCAGGACAUAAUAUGGUAAAACACUGCGGAAUAACUUGGAGCAAUAUAAAUUCCAAUGAUAAAACAGGUAGACACCCUCUGGAUUAUUCCCUGCAGGACAUAAUAUGGUAAAAUGCUGCGGAAUAACUUGGAGCAAUAUAAAUUCCAAUAAUAAAACAGGUAGACACCCUCUGGAUUAUUCCCUGUAAAACAUAAUAUGGUAAAACACUGCGGAAUAACUUGGAGCAAUAUAAAUUCCAAUGAUAAAACAGGUAGACACCCUCUGGAUUAUUCCCUGCAGGACAUAAUAUGGUAAAACACUGCGGAAUAACUUGGAGCAAUAUGAAUUCCAAUGAUAAAACAGGUAGACACCCUCUGGAUUAUUCCCUGCAGGACAUAAUAUGGUAAAAUGCUGCGGAAUAACUUGGAGCAAUAUAAAUUCCAAUAAUAAAACAGGUAGACACCCUCUGGAUUAUUCCCUGUAAAACAUAAUAUGGUAAAACACUGCGCAAUAACUUGGAGCAAUAUAAAGUCCAAUAAUAAAACAGGUAGACACCCUCUGGAUUAUUCCCUGCAGGACAUAAUAUGGUAAAACAUUGAGGAAUAACUUGGAGCAAUAUAAAUUCCAAUAAAUGACAGCGAGUGCAGUAUGUGUUCUUGUGGACAUGUUGCAAGUAGAUUAGUCCAAGUAAUUAGCUCAAUUUCCAGUCAAUUGUACAAAACAUGAUUCUUGUGUGAUUUUUUUUUUUUUCAUGUCCAUGCAGAUGGAAAUCAUAUAUAUGUGUGUGUGUGUGUGUAUAUAUAGUUGUACCUUAUAACAUAUAUAUAUAGAUAGAUAGAUAGAUACACUCCCUAAUACGUCAGCAAGAAAUCUUCUAAUUUUCUUUCAAAUUAUACACAAUUUAAAUGUGGUUGCUAUUGCUGUGAAAGAUAAGUGCUUUUUACAUGAAAAAAUGUGAGAAAUCUGUGAAAGUUUUUUUGAGCAUUUUCAGUUGUUUUAGCACACAAUGUCCACGACUUUUGCAUGAGAGAUGCCUGGAUUUUGCUCACUUUGGAACAUUAUCACACAGCGCAGUUUCAACAUACUGUAUUAAUGUGGGCACGGAGCUCAUCCUUUGUCAUCUGUGAUGUGGAAACUACAAAACAGGGUCAUAUUUGUUUUGCAGGUAUUGCUUACCAUGGAAUAAAUGGUUGAAAAUGCAAUUAUUUUUUUUUAAACAAAAGCACUCGCUCCACUUUUAUGUGGUGAUUGCAUUUUACUAUAAGUUGUAAAUCUGGUUGAAUAUUUGCAGAGCUGGUGUUGUGAAGCUUUAUGUUAUAAGGUACAACUAUUUUACAUUCAUUUUUCCCAAUUAUGGUUUCACUGAUAAAAUAUGUGAACUGGCAACUUUUAUUGUAAAUUGGAUGAGAGCUAUGAAUAUGUUGAUAUGCAUUAUAACUACAGAUGCAAAUAGGUACCAAAUGAGUGCAUUCUUCUGACGAAAUCAGUCAAUGUGAUAAAUGCCAUAUUCCAAUAAGUGAUAAAUGUUUUCAGUUUUUAGAGCCAGGGAGAUGUAAAAUUAAAUUAAAUAUUGCACGUGAUCACUUGGAAGUAGUUUGUCUUUUACACUGACCAGUUUCUAUAUGUUUAGACUUUAUUUAUAUGAAAGGGCUGCAAAAAUCUCCAAUGCAAUUGUUUUAACCUGAGUUUAAAAAAAAAAAAAAAUGUGCCAGAUCACCUUUUGCUUACAUGUUUAGAAGUGACCAGUUAAUGGGUGUUCAUUUUGUUAGUUAAAAGUGGUAAAAUCAUUAGUAUCAUAAAGGGAGCAAACUCGUUGCACAAGCACCUGUUAUGGAUAUGCAAGAAACAUCUCUUAUGGCAAGUUGAUUUCUCACUUCUUGUGAAGUGUGGUUAAAGAAUUGUCUUAGACCAUCUACAGACCACAAUCCUAUGCCAUUAACAAUCUAUAAAAAGCUAUCAUUGUAAUUGUUUAAAGUUUUUCAUCUGCAAAAUAGUAAACUGACUUGUCAUGUUUUUCUGUGUUUCUAAUGCAGCAAGAAGGAUCUUUGUGUGCUCAGCACUGUCUCAAUAACUUAUUGCAAGGGGAAUAUUUCAGCCCGGUGGAGUUAUCUUCUAUAGCAAUGCAGUUGGAUGAACAAGAGAGGAUGAGGAUGGCCGAAGGAGGCUUAGCCAGUGAAGAGUACAGGAUAUUCAUGCAAGUAAGAUAUUGCUUAAUGAGAAACCUAUAUGAUGUGUUUGUUAAUUGUGUUUUACAAAGUCUCAUUCAGUUUAAAAUGUUAAAUGCACACUGUGCUAACAAAAGUAAUUGCAAAUAGGUGACAGGCUCUUUUGCAAACAUGUCCUGAUUCAUUUAAAUAGUGGUCUAAAUCUUACUUGAAUUGCCUUGAGAAUUAUUCCUUUUUACUCUGUUAAUUUUACUUGCAUAAUUUUAGGGAUAUAUGCACUUACUGAAAAUAACACUUUUCUUGGGUAGGAUGAUGCAUAGAAUAUGUUUUAUGCCCUUUAAUUUAAAGCCAUGUUAUUUUUAUUAGGCAAUAAAGGAUGGUGUUAACAUUUGCAUUAUCAUAUUCCUAUCUACUGUUAAUAAAGAGGUGAGCUGUAUUGCUGAUAUCUAGUGAGUAAUAAGGGGUGAUUGAUAACAGCAGUAUCCUUGAUUUGUAAAUAAGUGAGUUAGAGCAGAUCCCCUGGAGGGGUAAGAGCUAGAGCAGGGGUAGGCAACCUUCAGCACUCCAGAUGUUGUAGACUAUAUCUCGCCUGAUGCUUUGCCAGCAUUAUUGCUGUAAGAGCAUUAUGGGAGAUUAAGUCCACCACAUCUGGAGUGCUGAAUGUUUCCUACCCCUGAGCUAAAGUGCAGGAUUGCCACAGUGCUAGAGCACAGCUCUCCAGGAUUGCCACAGUGCUAGAGCACAGCUCUCAGGAUUGCCACAGUGCUAGAGCACAGCUCUCAGGAUUGCCACAGUGCUAGAGCACAGCUCUCCAGAAUUGGUACAGUGCUAGAGCACAGCUCUCCAGGAUUGGUACAGUGCUAGAGCACAGCUCUCCAGGAUUGCUACAGAGCUAGAGUACAGGUCUCCAGGAUUGCCACAGUGCUAGAGCACAGCUCUCCAGGAUUGCCACAGUGCUAGAGCACAGCUCUCCAGGAUUGCCACAGUGCUAGAGCACAGCUCUCCAGGAUUGCCACAGUGCUAGAGCACAGCUCUCCAGGAUUGCCACAGUGCUAGAGCACAGCUCUCCAGGAUUGCCACAGUGCUAGAGCACAGCUCUCCAGGAUUGCCACAGUGCUAGAGCACAGCUCUCCAGGAUUGCCACAGUGCUAGAGCACAGCUCUCCAGGAUUGCCACAGUGCUAGAGCACAGCUCUCCAGGAUUGCCACAGUGCUAGAGCACAGCUCUCCAGGAUUGCCACAGUGCUAGAGCACAGCUCUCCAGGAUUGCCACAGUGCUAGAGCACAGCUCUCAGGAUUGCCAGCAGUGCUAGAACACAGAUCUCCAGCAUUGGCACCGUGCUGUGAGCACAGCCUCCAGACUGGUACAGUGCUGUAACGCUCUCCAGGAUUACAGGCAGAGCACAGCUCUCCAGGAUUAAGGUGCUAGAAGCACAGUUUCCAGGAUUGGCACAGUGCUAGAGCACAGCUUCAGGAUUACAGUGCUAGGAGCACAGUUUCUCUAGGCUGGCAGGCUAUAGAGCACAGCUCUCCAGGAUGGCACAGUGCUAGAGCACAGCUCUCCAGGAUUGGCACAGUGCUAGAACACAGCUCUCCAAGAUUGGCACAGUGCUAGAACACAGCUCUCCAAGAUUGGUACAGUGCUAGAGCACAGCUCUCCAGGAUUGGUACAGUGCUAGAGCACAGCUCUCCAGGAUUGGUACAGUGCUAGAGCACAGCUCUCCAGGAUUGCUACAGUGCUAGAGUACAGGUCUCCAGGAUUGCCACAGUGCUAGAGCACAGGUCUCCAGGAUUGCUACAGUGCUAGUGCACAGGUCUCCAGGAUUGCUACAGUGCUAGUGCACAGGUCUCCAGGAUUGCUACAGUGCUAGUGCACAGGUAUCCAGGAUUGUUACAGUGCUAGUGCACAGGUAUCCAGGAUUGUUACAGUGCUAGUGCACAGGUAUCCAGGAUUGUUACAGUGCUAGUGCACAGGUAUCCAGGAUUGUUACAGUGCUAGUGCACAGGUCUCCAGGAUAGCUACAGUGCUAGAGCACAUGUCUCCAGGAUUGCUACAGUGCUAGAGCACAGGUCUCCAGGAUUGCUACAGUGCUAGAGCACAGGUCUCCAGGAUUGCUACAGUACUAGAGCACAGAUAUUGAGGGAUUGUAAUGAAGUGAUCUUGAACACUGAUCUCCAGAGCUAUUAAAAGGGGUAAAAGCACAUAUCCCCAGAGUAUAAAUAUGGGUGAGCUAGAAUUUUGUCUAUUGCAUUUAUUUCUUAGUGGGUGGUGCAUAUAUCUUCUACUACCGCUAUAUAUAAGAAUAUGUUGCUAAUUGUUUUCUGGGUUUUUGUUUUUUGCUCUUUUUACAGCAACCCUCUGGAAACAUGGACGACAGUGGGUUCUUUUCCAUCCAGGUGAGUUAUGAUUCACUUAAUAAAACCUUGCCUUUUAGUUCUUGUCUUUCGAAGCUCUGCAGACAAGUUGGCCACUAAUUAUAAAUGAUAACGACGUGCAUUACCACGGCAUUCAUCUUUUCAUUGGUUUGUUAUUUCUACACAGGUUAUAAGUGAUGCCUUAAGAGUGUGGGGGUUAGAACUAAUUCUAUUCAACAGUCCAGAGUAUCAGAUGCUUGGAAUCGAUCCCAUGUAAGAUCUUUUUCAGAAUAUUUCAAUUUGUGCUAAUACCCUUUUGCAUGCAGACUUUAUAUUUGAAUAAAAGAAACUGUUGUGAGAUAUUUAAUUGUUUAUAUUCACCUUUUAGUGUCUCAUCCAUCAGGAGAUCUCAUCACUGUUGUCUCCUGUGCAAGCAUGAGAGUCAGUCUGUGCUGUAUACUGAGAGACUGCAGCAUCCCCCAUAGAACUGCUUUUAUUUUGAGAGCAAAUGCUUUUUCCAAAAAUUGUCACUGACAAUAGUGGACUGCAGACGUUUAGUCUUUUGUCAGCAUUAGCUUGGCUCAUACCAUAAAUUUGUUCCUGCUUUUUCUUAUAUCCUUUUAACUGUGUUGGACUUUUAAUGAAUUUCCAAAGCAGUCAACAUGAGUAUUUCAAAACCUUUUAUCUUUAUGAAAUACCAUAAAAAUAGUAAAGGGGAAGUGUCUGUAUUUACACAAUAGCUCUAAAACAGGUCCAUUUUAAUUUUUUUUUUUAUAGCGUAACCCGAUUUUGAAAAAAAAAAUAGAAACCAGGACCGUGUGACUGGGAAAGCGGUUUAAUCUUUGGUUUAGUACUCUAAUGGCAGUUUUUUUAAAUAUAUAUGUCAGGUUUCUGCAAAUUUAUUAAUGUUUAAUAUCAAUAUUAAUCACUAUGCUCACUUUAUUAAAGGGAUAAACAUCACUUUGAGACAACUGUCUCAUUCAAAAGCCUUAGCUUUGAAUGAGACAGUUGCCUCACUCUUUUUAGGCUGAAAAAGAAGGUAAAUAUUUUUUUUUUCUUUUCAUAUUUGCAUGCUUCUUUUUUCUUAUGCUUUCCACACCCACUCCAGAGUGGACACUUAUCUAUCCAAUCAGUGUUCUAUCCCUAGGAAUGCUGUAAAAGUGCAUUAAGCAUGCCUGACAGAUUUAUACAUGUGUUGUUGGAAGAUACCUUCACCUUGCAACAUUUUGACAGGAGGAGAAAAUGGGGAAGUCUGAUCAGUGUGAUCAUACAGAUCAGGCUCCAGUGUCUGGUUUCUCAUUCCUGCUCCUGCAGUAAUACCCUUUUCUGUCAUUAAUGGCCUGUAGCUAACUGAAAGGCAUGCCCAAAUAUCUAAUCUGACCAAGUUUAUAGUAAGUUUAUAAACAUAUAUUAUAUACUUUUCAAAGUUUUUCUUGCUUUAUGCUGUAUAUUGGAACAUAUGUGUUUCUAUGUGUUUAGUUAAUAAAUAAUUGUCAAGAGAUGCUGGUCCCUUUAAAUGUGAAUUGCAAAAUUUAGGUUAGAAUAGUAUAUUUGGGGAAAAAGCAAAUUUAGAGAAAUUUGUCUUUGGCAUGAAAUUUGAUAUACACUUUUUUAUUAGUUCUUUACAUAUCAAAUUAAAGCUUUUAUUGAGGAAUGAGAGGUGAUCAUAAACCUAACAGAAUUCUCAUGUAAGUUAUGGACACACAGGUUCAUCCGCCACUAAAGUAUUAAUCGUUGCUGGAGAUUGAUAAACGCGCUAUUCCCAUUCAUCACGAAGGCAAUUCAGAUGACCAGUGAGGUCAUUGUAAGAAACUUACUGUACAGGUUAUUCUCAUUGAAAGCAGAAUAUAGGAACACUCGAGUGCUAAAUCAAGACUUUCAUCUUUUGAUUUACAAUUGAAUAUCAAACCUGCACUUGUGUUAGAAUCAGUGCUCAUGGUAAUAGAUUAUUACACCUGCUCAUGGGUGAUUAUCAUUUUUCUUUUAGCAGUUUGGAGGUUUACGUUAUUGUUCUGUUGAAUGUUAUGUCAGCCAACCAGCUUAUCGACUGGCUCUUACGUGCAUAUGCUUAAAGCACCAUAUGGUUCACUAUGGAAACUAAUGACUUAGAGCAGUAAAGAAAACUCCCACACAGCUGCCAAUGUGCCAACUGUGUAUGUAAACAUGUAGCCUUAGUUAAGCCCAUACAUAGAUAUGCUGAAAUGCUAUGCCAAUUUAUGCAUUCAGUAAGAGCAUUCUGUUGCUAUAGUGACUGCUCCACAUUUUGAACUUUGACAAGAAUUGCUUUGAAUGUCUGUCCUUUCAACCAAUGUAAUAUUCCCAUGGAUUUUUUCAUUGUAAUUAACAUGCUGCCAGUCACAAUGACCCUAACUGAACUGCAAUGAAAAAAACAUAGAUGGGUGUGCGUCAGUGGCUCUCAAUACAAUAGAUGAGUUAUGAUCACAGCGUGAGGCAAUGUGGUUAAUGAGCACACCUAGACUUACCUUCAUUUAAAGCUAUUGUCCUAGAAUUUAAAUCAUUUUCUUUCUUUUUUUUUUCAUUUUCUUGCAAUGCAAGAAAAACAUUUUGGUUUUUUAAUUUUAUGUGUGCAAUUUGUGUUAUGUAUUAUUAGGGAAAGUCCCUGCAGAGGGAGUGGUUCCACGAAAUUUGUUAGCACAUUGUGAUACAUAUAAAACAUUGGUAUAUGUUGGUGAAAUGGUAGUUCCAUCAAUAAGAGACGUAUAAGGGCUUACAGUACUUCAACAAUGCUAAUAUAACUCUUAUAAUCUUUGUGGCACUAUGAGACUGUCAAAAGCUCUUUAAACCUAAAACAAGUGGUGGUAGAUAAAACAAGUAUAGUUUGCUGUCCGCAACUGUACAGCAACAGGACACCAAGGAUACUAGGAUAUGUCGCUGCUGUAUGAAGGCCCCUAAAGACCAUUGGUAUGGGCAGUCCUGUGAAGGGCUCUGCAGCCAGGGAGUAUCUUUGUUUUCCAUUGCACUAGACCUAGUAUCCCUUGUCAACUUGGUUAUCGGGGGGUUCCCGGAUUCCGACACUCUGUUGUGUUGAGGGCAGUACGGGCAGAGGAGGCAGCUGGAGUUUCUGCAGCAAGUCUGAUGGAUCAUCAGAGGCUUACAGAACAAUGACCUCAUCCCCCUGUGGCACUACUAGGGUUCCCAAGACUCCCCAUCGGUACCUGAUGCUGUUUUCUAUCAGGAGUUUGGUGAUGGGCAGGAACCUGCGUCUGGACAGCAGGACUGAGAAUGGUAAAUCCGCAUAGACUGUUAUCCUGCAGGUGUCUACUUGUACACUGGGGCAAUUCCUGGAACAGGCCAUAAUGGCCGAUUUCACUGCUAUGUCCGGGGAUGAUGUCUCUGGGUGCGUCCAUUGGGGCGAUCAGUGCCUUCCUUAUUCGGAAGGCUGUCACGAAGUGUGGUGAGUCUCCUGGCUCUUUGACCCCCAUUGCUCCUGUCACCUUGUGGGCGAAGUCCCAUAGAGCUUCUGGACUCACUGUUUCCGGUGCUCCCGUAUACGGACAUUUAAUGUUUUGGGGGGGAGUGGGUGUCAGUCAAGUGCUGCUCCCGAGUUUCCUCUCUAAAAUAUUAAUUGCUUAAACCAGUCUUAGAUGCACUAUAAAAUUUGAAACAAAUGGUACCUGAUCCCAAGUAGGCUGUCUAGGAUUUACCCCAACAUCUCAGAUCAAUGCUGGAGAUGGCUCACAGAGGACACUUCCUUCACAUAUGGUGGGAAUGUCAACCUAUCCAACUAUUUUGGAAAAUGAUACACACAAAAAUUUAAACUCAAAAACUAUUGACUUCCACCCCAAACAUCUAUUACUACAAUUAAACAUUCAAAAAUGUUUGGUCCUGCUUCAGCUAUUGUGAUACACAUCUUGGCAGCUACCAAAAUGUUGGUUGCCAGAAGUUGGAAGAUGGUUAUAGCCCCCUCCCACUCCGACUCUCCCCUUGUGGCAUUAAGCAUUAAACUUCUUCUAUUGUGGCUUUUAUCUUUAAAUUUGAAUGGGUAAACCCUCCUCUCCGCAGGGAACCUAGGUUUGUUUGUAAGGUUUUUUUUUGUUUUGUGAUGUGUUAUUCUGUGUUUUAUUUCUAACAUUAAUCAAAAUGAUGUCAUUGGAAAAAUAUUUGCUGGUUUAAGGUUUGUUGUAUGCCAUCAAAUGUGUGUGUAGUUGAAAAUUAACAAAAAUGAUCUAUUUAAAAAAAAUAAAAUAUAUAUAUAUAUAUAUAUAUAUAUAUAUAAUAUGUAUAUUGGCACUCACCCUUGCUGGUAUAAUGUGAAAUCCAAUGCCCUGGUGCAAUCCCACGCUGAAAUAAUAUACAAUAUAUAAAUAGAAAGGAUGCACUCCAAGAUCUUGAGGAAGACCCGAACCGGUCGAAACGUCGAUCAAUUUGCUACAUAUCAAAUAAUGGAAUAAAUAAUUUUGGAAUACUUAAAGACCGGAGAGUGCAAUAUAAAUAUAUAUAUAUAUAUAUAUAUAUAUAUAUAUAUAUAUUUUUUUUUUUUUUUUGUGUGUGUAUAUAUAUAUAUAUUUUUUUACGUGUGCCUAACAUUUAGUAAAGUAACCAUAUGUAGCCGACACACUUUGUAUUAUCAAUAUAAUAACUAAUUCUUGCUGUAUUUAUCAUUAUUAAUUGCCCUAUUGUGAAUAGAUUAGCUUAAUUCUUCAUUGCAGAAAACUACUACUUCUAAACCCAAAUUGGUUUAUUCACUGAACCAUAGAUUUGGUUAGCCAGACAUAUUCAUAGUUAUUUGAUUUAGUGGUCAAUCUACAAGCCUGAUCAUUUGGAGAAUUUUGUUUUUCUUUCUGUCAUAUGACUCUCCCUUUAUGAACUAGCUGCAACUCACUAGCAAGUGAAUACGCCCCAAAGCCAACAUUUAAAUGUAGAUUACAGUACUGUGUAACAUUCGCAAAAUGCAAUCUGCCUCCCACUUUUCCUAUAACACUGAACCACAGAACAUUUGUCUUGCAAGUAAGCUCAAUAAAACACAGCCCUUAGUACGUAGUUCUCCCUGUAGGCAAGUCCCCAUUGGGGAUGCUGGGACUGUAUGUCGCACAGCUAAUCCAAAGAUAUAAUCACUUGUGUAUAAGUGAGUGGAAUAUAUUAUGCGAUACAUGAACGUGUAAUAUGUUUGUGAUUACAGAAAUGAAAGCGCGUUUAUUUGUAAUUAUAAGGAACACUGGUUUACAGUCCGGAAAUUAGGAAAACAGGUAAGAUUCUGUUUCAUAUCUCCUAUUAUAAUGUUGUGUUCUUCAAUGCUUGAUAGUUAUUAAAAUAGCAGAUUGUAGCCGCUGCCUUUAUUUCAGAGAUCUGCCAUUAGGGCUUCUUGUGUUAGAGAUACUUGAAUAUCCUACAGAAGCGGGACAUAGUCCUAAAACAUCUAGAGAGGUGCCACCACUGUGAUGCUUAGAUGCCUUCAGACACACUUGUUUCUUUUCAUGAUGGAAGAACAUCAUGUCAUAACUUCCUGUGUCUGCCUUCUGAGAUCUGUCCAUUUUCCAUGCUUUAGAGAACAAAAUGGCAGACAAAAUGAAAUGCAUUUAUUUUCUAAAAAAAAACACAAAGUGUGGGUGGGUGGACUCGGGUAGCAUUGAAGAACUGUUGUAGAGUUAUUCAAUUAACCCAGAAUCUUAGGGAAAUAAAUCUGAGUGGCAAAGCUGUGGCUAGAGUUGAGAUGGAGAACCAAAACAAAUACAUUACUUUAGGCUUAAUUUUGUCAUUUGUAUUUAAUUUGCUAAAAUUUUGAGUUAAGUAUUCUAGUGUUGUUUCAUUGCUUACUGACCUGGUCAUGAUCAUGUGAUGUUUGUGCAGCGCUUGUUGUCAUAUAGAGUUAUUCAGUAGUGAGAAUCCAAUGUGAAUUCUAAAUUUAUAGUCGAGAUAGCUGAGCUGGAAAAAUUCAGUCAGCUAUGCUUCCAUUUUGGCUAACUUUAACGGGACACUCCAGAUCCCUGAAGCACUUUAUGUGCAGAUAUUAAUAGACAUUUAAUUUUUUUUUAUUAUUAUUAUUAUAAAUUACAUAGUAUGUGACGGCAGAUAAGAACCAUUCGGCCAAUCUAAUCUGCCCAAUUUUCUAAAUACUUGAAUUAGUCCCUGGUCUUAUCGUAUGGCUAGGUUAGGAUUAUGCCUAUCACACGCAUGCUUAAACUCCCUCACUGUGUUAACCUCUAUCACUUCAGCUGGAAGGCUAUUCCAUGCAUCCACUACCCUCCCAGUAAAGUAAUACUUCCUGAUAUUAUUUCUAAACCUUUGCCCCUCUAAUUUAAGGCUAUGUCCUCUUGUUUUAGUAGUUUUUUUUUUCUUUUUUAAAUAUAGUCUCCUCUGUUAAUGUGUUGGUUCUCUUUAUGUAUUUAAAUGUUUCUACCAUAGAAGGUAAGGGUAUAUCUGUCUCGUCUUUCCUCCAAGCUAUACCAGUUAAGUUCCUUUAACCUUUCCUUGUAAAUGUUAUCCUGUAAUCCAUGAACCAGCUUAGUAGCCCUUCUCUGAACUCUAUCCAAAGUAUCAAUAAAAAAAAUUAACCUUGUUACCCCCCUGGCUUUCAAGCAGACAACAGAUCCUGUUACUUCCUUUUUGUUUAGCUCUGUGGAGCUAAACUCAAGAGGCAGCAAUUAACCAGAGCACUUGUGUUGCAAAGACUGCUCAUUGAGCUGCAUUGGGAUGCCUGUGAUUGGACAGCCACAGAAGGUCUGGGCUGUGUUAGAAGGGGAGGGCUUGCAAAGACAGCAGAUGAGAUCUGCAGGUUUUGCAAGAGUUUUUUUUUUUAAUUAUAAAUAUACCCCAAUGAGAAAGCAGAAUAAAAAUACAUGCAAGUUCUCAUUGGCGGUAUAUCUACUUAACAAUGAGUUUUAUUUAUUUUGUAUUUGGGUGGUGGAGUGUCCCUUUAAAUUUGAAAUUCACUUUAAAUUCUCAUUUUAGUGAAUAACCCUGAUAGAGUUCUCUUUGCUUCCUAUUUAUGGCAGAUCUACGUAAAUAUUUGCUAAAUCUAUUAUCUACUACUAUUAAAACUGACCAGGUGGAAGUAAGUCCAGACAUGUACUUGGCAACAACUGAAUGUGUAAUCACCAGUGAUACUAUAUGAUAAAAUGUUUAACCAAUUAAUGUUUUCUUCCCUUUGUUCCAGUGGUUUAAUUUAAAUUCUCUGUUGACGGAUCCGGAGUUAAUAUCAGACACUUACCUUGCACUUUUUCUAGCCCAGUUACAGCAAGAAGGUAAGUGUUUUGUAUCAUUCAUACAUAAAAUAUAUAUAGCCACAGCAAAUAUCAACACAUGGGGGAUUGAGUAAUGCAGAAAACCUUCAUAGUAAAUCAUUUUUCUAGAGCUCAUAUUUCCAAACCAUAAAUCAUAACAUGAGACAUGAUCUAGUUUGCUUUUACAAAAAAUCUCUACUAAUGACAAUUGAACGUUUCUUUCAUUUGCAUCCGUCAUCUAAAGUCCCCUUGUGCCUUGUAGACAUUGAGGAAAUACUGCAGAUACCAUAACUACUAAUAUCAUUUCUAUAGGUUAUUGUGCAAGAAAAUCCCUCUUUCUCUCGUCUUUGUUCUAUAGUCCAUACAGUUUUAGCAAAUCAAUGCUAAACUAUAUGUCCUCACGCCUCUGCUUUAUGUUGUGCAUGGUUUUCCCUGAGACUGGUAUCUUGUUCAGUGUUUGAAAGCCAUACACUACCCAAGAUUUUAGUUGAUUUUGUAAGAGCCUUACAGCAGACAUGCACAACAGUCAGUAGUUUUAUUCAUGAAAUAAACAUGAAUUAAUUAAUAUAAGGUAGUCUUGUGCUUCUUGACUUUUUUUUGUUUGUUUGUUUUUUCAACUUGAAGUUUCAAAAUGAGCAGAGGGUACAGAAAAGAAGAGGGUGGGGAAGGAAAGGUAAUAGGUACAGUCAUACAAUUGUGACAACAAUUACGGAGGAUGUUAUUAGAUAGCGAUCCAUCUGUGCUGUACAAUUUAGGGUCAGCAUCUCUGUCUUUCUGAACCAUUUGUGGAGACAGAGACCCUAUUUAUUUGCAGCAUUUGGUCAAUCAAUCGCCUUUAUUUCUAAUGGUUUUUUUUCUAUCGCCCCCCUAUUACGCAAAACAAAUUUAUCUACAACGUUCUUGACUACUCUAGAGAGUAAUUUUAUGAAUGAAAUAACCUCCAAUCAUGUGUGCAUUGCUCUGUACAGCUUCCAAUACAGAGUUGGUAGCUUUAAUAUAAACAGCGCUCUGACUGAAAAUCACAAGAGGUAGAGGAAUCCCAGCCUUUUCCUUGUCUUUGCAGACACCCUUGUAGAUAUUGAGCGUUUGCUACAAACAAAGGAAAUACAGCGUUUGUUACCUAUUUUGUCUUUAUUUAUGAAUUUUCUAAUUUUCCUUAAACCGUUCUUUAUUACACUGCAUGUUGCAGGCUAUUCCAUAUUUGUAGUUAAGGGCGACCUCCCGGAAUGUGAAGCAGAUCAGCUUCUCCAAAUGGUUCUGGUACAGCAAUUUCAGCGACCAAGACUCAUAGGAGAGGAUGCAGCAGCAAGAGACAGAAGGUACGGUUAGCACUCAUUCUGUGUAUCGACACUUGACAAUGAUGGAAAUCUGUAUGCAUUCUUCAUUGCAAAACACUUUAGAAAUACAUAUCACACCUGCCAGCUGCCCCAGAUUCUCCAAGAAGAGUCCCUAGCAUUAACAUCUCCAGGAUCUUUUGCUCACCCAUGUGUGUAAUGUGCCUUUUUAUUUCAUUAUUUUCUGUAAGCAUGUCAGAAGAUUUGUAUAUUGUGCUCUGAUCCACAGGGUGCAAAUGCAGGAGCAUGCCAUAGAGGGAGAACCCUUAUACGAAGCACCUGUCAUGAUGGAUGAGGAUGAGGAAAACCUGCAGAAAGCGCUAGCGCUCAGUCGGCAGCAGAUUGAUAUGGAAGAUGAAGAAGCAGAUUUGCGCAGAGCCAUUCAGCUAAGCAUGCAAGGUACUGAUUAAUGACAAAUAUUAUUAAGGGGCUUAGUCACUAAACACUGAAUUGGAGUGAAAUGAAAACCAAUUGCGCAAUCGAGGCUAAAAUAGCUGAUUUGGAAAAAUUCUCCAACUCUGCUACAGUCACAGCUUUAUUAUUUGAGCCCAAAGUUUGCAAUUAAGUUUAAACACUGACAUGGAAUGAAUUCCAGUGAACAAACCACUUAGAGUUAAUGUAAAUGUAAUAUAAUGUGCCUGACGCACAUUCGACAUGCUGUUGGUAUGAUCAUACGCUACAGUAAUUCCCUAAACUCUGAAUUACUGCAAAUUAAAUCCAAGUGGAAAAACAGAACCAAAAAUAGAUGAUCUAAGAAAAAUUCUCCAACUCACAAGUUUCACAUUCGGAUAUAAAGGUACCCUAUAGCGUUUGUUAAUACAAACAUGUAUUCCUAACACUAUAGUUUCCUAGUCCCUAUUUAGAUUCAGGGCCCCAACGUUCACUCUUAAAAAAAAAAAAAAUUAAAAAAAAAUAUCAAUAAAGGUUUUUACUUAUCGUUUUUCCAGUUUUGAGACUCACUUGGUGAAAAAAGCAUUGGAGACCACAAGUGCAUGCGCAGCAAAUGCCGCACGCAAAACCAAUUAAAUGCUUCUCAUAGGAAAGUAUUGAAUCCCAUGUUUCCCUAAGUAAGCAGCCGUCACAUGUCCAAGUGAAACUCGGUCAUAUUAGCAGAAGCCCCUCUUAGUUGCUGUCAGCAAGACAACCUCUAGACUUGUAGUUAGCCAUGCUAUUAUAAAGUAGUUAGCUGCAUCUACUAAUCAACAAUGCUUUAGAUUGCAGGGUUAACACUAAAAGGCCAUUGCACCCAGACCACAUCAUUUGGUUUAGAAUUAAACCCUGUAUGAGCAGCCAUAGAUUAUUGAUCAGAAAGUUAUUUUUCAUUGGUUGUAACCAUGUCAAAGCUAUUGAGACUAGUGUCUUAGACAAUCCAAGAACAGCUUGCCAAUUGCAAUAUGACUCUAUAUACCACCAACACCGACAUUUUUAGUAAUCUUGAAAACACACAUAGCGUACCUUUAGAUCUAUCUAUCUCUAGAGGAUUCCAUAAUUUUAUUGAUUCUAGCAGUACGCUUAGGAAUAUAUGUUGAUUCUACUGUUCGAUUUUGGAAUAACAUCCCUUUUGGCUCAUUGAUGCGUGUUCUCACAUUUUGAAUUCUGUAUGAUCAACAAUUGUAGGACAAGGCUGUAAAUCUGAACAAUAAACACAAUCAUUACAUUGGACCACGGUGAUUGCUCCACUUGCUCACAGAAUUGCUCUUUAUACAGAACAUCUAGCAAGCUUGCUGAAGUGCUUUAGAUGGGAAGAGUGUGUCCUUUUAUUCUUUUCUUCAUAGUCCAAAAAGUGCAGAUUUCAUCCUUGCUACACCCCUUUCGUGCCCCCAGCUGUCAGUCAGGCAACCAGUUCUGUUACUUAAUGGUUGUUUAGCUAAGUGGAUCUACACUGAAGAGGCAGCAAUUGUCCAGAGCACCUGCCUUGCAAAGACUUCUCAUUAAACUGCAUUGGGAAGUCUUUGAUUGGACAGAACAGAAAGUCUAGGCAGGGUUAGAAGAGGAGGGCAUGCAAAUAUUUCAGACGAGAUCUGCAGUUUUAACAAGUGGUUUGUAGAUAUUCCCCUAAUGAAAAUAAUACAUGAUUAUUUUCAUUUGGGGUAUAUCUACUAAACAGUGAUUAUAAUUUAUUUUAUAUUUGUGUCUCCUAUUUGGGCAAUGGCGUGUCCUUUUUAAUGUUAUUUUAUACUGUUUCCUUUGAUUUUUAAUGAAGUCAUCGUGUUGGUCCUCAGGUGGCACUCGAAGCGAGUUUACAGAUUCUAUGUCACCAAACAUUCCUCAAUCGUCCGAGACCAGUGACUCUCUCUCGUCAGAAGAGCUGCGACGAAGGAGACAGAUGUACUUUGAGAAGUAAUUCCCUCCCAUUUUUAUUUUCACCCUAUGGAAACCACAAACCAUAAAGCAGUCUGAGCUUCGGGUUUUGGCAGUGAACCAAGGAAGUUAUUAAAUCUUUCCCUUGCCAGGAUUAUUCCGUAAGAAUUGCCAAUUGAAUUACUGGUUUUAGGCCAAAAUAUCCAUAUUGGAAACAAUUCUCAAACUGCACAAUAUUUGGCUUAAAAUUUGCAGCGCCCUUGUCAAUACUUUGCAAGUUUAGGGAAUAAACUCCACAUUCUCUGAACGACUAAGAACGUGGUCCUAUGAGCCAAUGGCAAAGGCAUAUAAAUCAAACACCUGGAGGCUAACGUUUUGGCUCCAAGUUUUAUUUCCCCCUGAUAAUGAGAGUGGCACAAAUUCAUAUACUCUUGGCUUAUUUUUUAAUGGAAGUGAUGUUUUCCUAUGGGGCUGCUUAGGUUGUGUGCUAAUUGGAUUUAUUUGCAUUGAAGAUUAUGCAUCACAUUCACAGUUUUUUCUUUAAGGCAGCAGCAGCAGUUAAAGACGGACGCUCCGACCUCGGCUGCAACUGAAGACACUACUAAAACACUAACAAACGACACAGGUAUGUGUUCGUGUUUUCACGGUUAGCAAUGUUUUAUAAAUGCACGUAACCCAGAUCUACAACAUUCCAGCUUUCCGUUGAUUGAAGCACAUCUUGUCCUGCACCUGCCAUUCGAAUAUAACAUGGCAGCAUCCUAUAAUUCUUUCAGGCUUUAUCCUGUAUUUAUUUAUGCAAAUGCAUAAUUUAAAUUCAUUUCCACAUUAGAAUUUUACAUUUUCAUUCUGUUGGCACAGUUUACAUGCAAGGUAUCCGUUUCCCCUGCAAUAAAAGAAAUACAAAAUACGUAAUAGUUAAGUCCAGGAGAACACUGGUAGCUCUGUGCUCUUUAUCCAUGCCCUGUCUGUCGUCACGCUGUGUCCAAUCAAAUGUUUCUCAUAAAGCAUACAUGCACUCUGAGUCACGGAGAGGAGGGGGGGCUUUAAAUAUAUUUAAAAACAAAAUCCUGAAAAUGUGGGGAGGGGACAUUUAAACUUCCCCUUGCAGGUGAUCUUCCAGUGAAGCCCAUGACCGUUGUAGCCAGCGUGCAGUUUGUGUUGACUACAGACUUAAUUUUUGCUUCUAAAAGCAGAAUUGGCCAUGGAUGUUAGAGCAACCCUUUAAAUUUGAUGACUAAUGUUCUUCACUUUUUUUUUCUUCCUUAUAUUUACAGCCUAUAUUACUGACACAGAGAUUAGCUAAAUAUGCAACCUGACCAGUGGUGUAUUUUGCGUCUGUGCUGCCCUAGGCAUGACGCAACUCGGGCACCCUCUAAUUUCAAUUUACCCUGCCCCUUCCUGUCAAGACCACACCUCUUCCUGUUAAAUACUAACACGCUUUGACUGACAGAUACACUGACAAACACACACACACUGAUUUGACACAAUCUGACUGACAGACACACACACACACUCAUUGACAGAUACACUCACUGACAGACAUGCACACACACAUACUCAGACACACACUGACAGACAUAUAUACACACUCGCUCACUCAGACUCACAGACACACACACACACACUCACCCACAGACACACUGACCGCUUUACAGACACACACUCACUCACAGACACACGGUCACUGACUGACUGACAGACACACUAACAGAUAUACACACAAACACACACACAUUCACUGACAGACAGACACACACACACAUUUCCCCCCAACACUCACAGAUUACUGUUAUUAUUUUAAUUUAAAUCCACCCAGCCUCCCUACCUUUGGGAGAGCUGGGUGGAUAUUUUUCACCUGUGGUCCAGUGGGGCUGAUGGGCAGGCAGGCAUGUAGGAGGCCAGUUGUGUCCCAGGCGGUCGGGCGCGCAAAGCAGGCAGUGAGGGUGCUGAGCUCUUCAGGCUCAGCUCCCUCGCGCGCCGCAGAGUAAUGCCGGGAGCCGGAGUGACAACAUAUUCCGACUCCCGGCAUUACUCUGUGGCGCACAUGAGAGAGCUGAGCAGGAAAAGCUCAGCACUUGCAUUGCCUGCUUUGCGUGCCCGACUGCCUGGGACAGAACUAGCCGCAUGCUUCAGGGGGGCCCAAAGGUGGCUAGCUGGCCAGCUCUUGGGCCCCCUUAAAACAAGGCGUUUUUUUUCCGCCCCCUGGAAAGUGCCGACCAAGGCAAAUGCCUUGUUAGCCUCGCGGAAGAUACAGCGCUGAACCUGACACAACUGAGUCUUGAGAAAAGUAGGUUAAUUUGUUUGAAUUGUGUGUUCAGAGGGCAGUUGUGAUGUAGGUUUAAUUAUACAAAAUACAGCAUGUAAUAAACAAAUUCAUAUAUGAAUAUUAAUUUCGCAGUUAAAGUUUAUAGUAAUAUGCUGGCUCAAAUAAAAUUUGCCCGGGUUAUUACUUAAUUUUAUUUUGAACUGAGACAAUAGGUCCAAUAGGGUCAGUGUUAAGUUACUGUGUGAUUGGUAUUCAAUAAAGUCAGAAUUGCAGGAAAUGCAAAGGGGAUUUUACAUUUAUGGCCGACCUAUUCGAACUGGAAGCCUAGCUGAUUUGGAGAAUGUUUCCAGUUUUACUUUUUUGUCUUUUAAAUUAAAAUUCACUUAAAAUUUCUGACAAUUCUCACGUAGCAUCUUGUCUGUAAUACUUGCUUCCUUGACUUCCCACCAGAUGCAUCUAUGAAUGAAGAUAUGCUGAAGGCUGCUAUGAAUAUGUCUCUGGAUAAAGUUGGAACCAACUCGAAACCUGCAGAGGAGAAAUGACAUAAUCCCUUUAGCCUGUGCACAUGCUGUCCCUGUGUGACCCAUCUCCUCUGUCACACAGGUAGUGAGGAUGUACAUAUUAAGUCCACGUUCUGAAUAACGUUUGCUUGGGAUAUUUCCUGAUGCUUUUAUGAAUGUCGUUUCUUUUUUUUUGGUUUGUUUUUUUUAUUCUUCAUAUAUAGAUAGAUGUUUGUUUCCAGAAUGGCCUUUGGACCUGCAUUUUCUUUCUGUUACCAUUUUGUACCUGCUAUACACAGAUCUAUCCAUAACACAACUCUGCUUAAUAAAACUUGCUGUAAGGAUAAUGUCAACGUGACCAAAUUAACCAUAACCAUUUCUGCAGCGGCAUGCCAAGCAAUAGUCACGAUCACACAUAGAUAUUAACCUACCCUUUUUCAGUUUAACCUUUUUGUUAUCGGAGGGUCAGUGGUCCAUUUCUCCGUAACAUAUUUUGUCCCUCCUGACUCAAAGAGUUUUUGGUGCUUUUAACGCGGUUUACAAACUACGGCUGUUCUCAUGUUUUCUUGUUCAUGUCACAGUUUUUUAUGUCAACACUGUAUUCAAAUGGAUUUAUAAUUACAAUACAGUAUUUCUCAUGAUCCGGUGAUUAGAAGAGAAGUUAAAUCCUCUUUUAUAGUUGUGGUCCAGCAGGGGUGACAGUGCUUUCUCUCUUGUUUAUAAAAUGGUUUCCAUACGAAAAAAGAUUUUUGUUGUUAUGACUACAUUUUACAGCUUGACUCUAGCAUCAUCCAUUGGCUAUAAUUGAUACUAUGUGAUGGGGUAGAUAGUUCCCUUCACUCCCCUUUGAAGAAAAUGUAAACGCAGAGGUAAAUGUCUGUUUUGUGAUUAUUUCAGACUUAAAAGGGAUCAUAUAGUUUAAAAAAAAAAAAAAAAUGUUUUAAAUUCUUUAUUUUGAAAGUGCAUGCAGCAUCCGUGAGAGGCAUCAAUAUUAUAUUGUUAUAACACAAAGGGGACAUUACGUUAUGCCAGAUUAUCUGCACUAGUUUUUAAUAUGUCAGGCUGUCAUUACCCUAAGCAAGUCGGAGUCGGACAGAAGAGAUUUAGUAGGUCAGGAGGUUUAGUGGUACUCUGUUAACCCUAGGGUGGAGGAAAAAUAUGCGAGAAGUUGUGCUUUACGGGUGAGCAGGUGGCUGUCGCAUAAUAAUGUGGAAUCAUACAUGCCCAUAGUUAUUUUAGUUUUCCAUGAACUGAUAGCCAUUAUGUGAUAGUAUAAGUAAAUGUGUUGCUUAUCCAACAACAUAAGUGUAUUAAGCAGUAGGUAUAAUCAAAUGUUUUAAGCUUGAGUCUAUGAGCCUGAUUUAAUGCACUAUUUUCCAUCAUCAUUUAAAACCACUAUACAUCUGGCUGAAACGCUGUUUAAACACCUGGGGAGACUAGCGUUUCCUUCACUGCAUUACAUAUAAGCACAUUUUUGUACAGUGCUUUUUACAGUCUCCCAUAAAGCAUGCUUGGUCAGGAAGUAGAUAACCAACGAUUGCAGAACUGCAACACCCAUGAUGUUUUGCUAUCCUUACAGUUACUAAAGCAUCACGAGCAUUGUAGUUUUAAUUAAUCUCCAUUUCUGUGCUCACAAACCUCAAAGGACCACUAUAGUGCCAGGAAAACACACUUGGGCUGAAGGGGGAGGAAGGGGUUAAUCACUUACCUUUCUCCAGCACCAGGCUUCCUCGGCGCUGGGGAUCUCUCCUCCCUCUUCCGACGUCAGCGAUGCAUGUGGGCAAUAGCCGCGCGCGCAUUCAAUCAGUCCAUAGGAAAGCAUUUCUCAAUGCUUUCCUAUGGAUAUCAGCGUCUUCUCACUGUGGUUUUCACAGUGAGAAGAGCGGAAGCGCCUCUAGUGGCUGUCAAUGAGACAGCCACUAGAGGCUGGAUUAACCCUAAGGUAAACAUAGCAGUUUCUCUGAAACUGCUAUGUUUACAGCUGCAGGGUUAACCCUAAAUGUACCUGGCACUCAGACCACUUCAUUAAGCUGAAGUGGUCUGGGUGCCUAUAGUGGUCCUUCAAGUCCAGUGCAGGUUUGGAUCCAAGUCCUUUUGUGUAGGAUUUGAUAAAGUCCAUAUGUAAAGCAGGAUAAGCAGUUACUUGGGCUUGCUUUUAUGAUAUAAAAACAUUCCUUAACCAUAAUUUAAAAUAACACAUUGCAUCCUAAACACAGGCACAUUGAUAACCCCUUAUACAAUCUGGUUCUUAAAGACCCAAUGCUAGUAUGGAAUGUCCUGCCUAUUGUUCAUUCGCAGCUCUAUACAGCCUGCAAUCAUUAAAGGACCACUAUAGUGCCAGGAAAACAAACUCGUUUUCCUGGCACUAUAGUGUUAAUAGGUCCCCCCCACCCUCAUUGCCCCCCUCCCGCCGGGCUCUAAGGGGAGGACGGGGUUAAAGGCUUACCUUUCUCCAGCGCCGGGCUGGGGACCCUCCUUUUCCUUCCAACGUCAUUGUCUGAAUGCGCAUGUGCGGUGAGACCCGCGCACGCAUUCAGUCAUUCUAUAGGAAAGCAUUCGCAAUGCUUUCCUAUGGAUGCUGGCAUAUUCUCACUGUGAUUUUCACAGUGGGAAGCGCCUCUAGCGACUGUCAAUGAGACAGUCACUAAAGGCUGGAUUAACCCAAAUAUAAACAUAGGAGUUUCCUUGAAACUGCUAUGUUUACAGCUGCAGUGUUAACCCUAGAUGGACCUGGCACCCAGACCACUUCAUUAAGCUGAAGUGGUCUGGGUGCCUAUAGUGGUCCUUUAAGUGAGUGGGCCCAAUAUGACCCUUAAAGGCUGUUUUUUUGUGACGUAUAUUUGUAUCAUUGGGCUUUAAAAAGUUUAAAUACAGAGUAGUGUGCGUGUUUCCUAAUAAAUGUACAACGUAUGUGUUUAAGAUGCAUUUACGAGUAUGCAAUAACACAAUACUGGUAGUAUGGAUGAAUUAUAUGACAUUCCAUGUAAAUUCUUGCAUCCCUUCUCACAUUCAAAUCACUAAAGAGAGUCAUUAUUCUGCAUCUGGGAUCUGGUCCUUUAAACUGUCCCGAAGCAGACUAUUAGCUUCAAUGAUGGGUCAAAAGCCACAUUAAUUUGGAAAAGACUUAAGAGUCUGUUUCUUGCUUGUUUGACUUAACGUUAUGUUAGAACUGUAUGAACGUAUAUGUAAAUAGUGUGUAUGUAUGUAUGUAUGUACAUGGAAUAAUAGAUCGGGGGAACAGGUCAGCCUUUUAAUUUAUUUUUUACUUUGUUUUAAACCAAUGUUGUCUAACGUUAACUGAGGAUGGCUGUUUGGACAAAAAAUCCCGGAGCAACCCCCAUUAAAUCUAUGAUGUCUUACAGUAGACCAUCAUGCUUUUUCUUAUAGGUUAUGGGCCCUAAAGACCCUUGCAUCUAGUUCAACAACCCCUGUGUAAAUAAAUGAAAUAUGUUGCUUGGGACUAAGCUAAUUCCACUAAUGGACAUGCAGUGGAGGUGGGGUUGUAUUAAAAAAGUAAUCCCUGCACCCUAACCUCCGUGGUUUCAAUGGGAACAGUCACUUACAAACAUUUUUAAUAUUCUUAUUUUUACUUAUGCCUAUAUUUAGCAAAAAUCUGUGUUUGCGGUGUUAAAAUACAAUGUAGAAAUCCACACCAUUAUCUUGCAGUGAGCACCUCCAUCUAUGCUCCCUGUCAAUCAUUGUUCUAAUGUCUGUCCUUGGCAGUCCACAUACAGAGAGCAAAGAAGGGAGAAAUUAAACAGUGUUACUAUUUCUCUAAUUUAUUUGCAAUGUUUGCCCUGGUUUUACCUUGUUGGAUCUGGAUUAUGAUAUCAUUUGCUAAAUUUUUAAUAUAAAUUAAGAGCGAAAAGUAUGGUGAGAAAAAAAAGUCAAAACAAGUUCUACUUUCUUUUCAUUGCUUUAAUUUUGUAGCGUGACAGUACCCAUUUACUGAAUUGGUUAUGGUGCUAAGAGGCUAUCUUGAAUAUAUUUUGUUAAAUGCAUGUGUAAGGGUCUGGGCUUGUAACAUGUACUUUCAUGUAAUUAUGUUGUAUAAAAAUGUAUUAUUUUUUUCCUAAAAAUAAGAAUGUACAUGCCAUGGUAGUCUCAUGUUUGUACAGAAUCCUGCUGCAAUCCACCAUAAGGCAUUGAUAUUUUAUAGCUACAAGCAGUGUAUGAUUAAUUUAAGCAUUUAAUGAACUGUGUGUUUCUACUGGCUGUGAGGUUAUUAUGACAUCCCCAAACUCACAGGCCUCAUUGCACCUAAUCAAGGGUUUAAAUGGCUGUAUCACUGGAAUGCUGUAUUUUUCAAAAUGAUGAUUUCUUCCCCCUUCAUUCAAAGUUGAGAGAGUGUUCUGUUUUACAAUUAAAAAAUACUUUGUGUUCUUUCAAUUUUGAAUGUUCCUGUUCAUCUGAAAUGGUUCUCUCUCAGUGCAAAGAAAUCUAUUUACUUAUCUUAAAGAGUUAUCCCUGGAGUUAUGGCAUUUUUUUUGUUUU